UGUCUUGCGUCAUCAACGUCUCCACGGAAAGAAAACCCCGCGCCUGCCCGCGUCGCUCUUCCCUCACUCUAAUCGAUUCGCUGCACUCAGACGCCUGACUCGGUAAUUUUCUCAGCCGCCGCCUGUCGGCCGUUGUCUCUCCUUCUUCGUGUUCGCUGUAGCUCAAGCUUUUCUCCCAAAGCAUCUCCUUCUACGCUUCGUGUGCUUCUUGUCCAGCGCAUCCUUCGUGCUCUAGUUGAAGCCGAGCUUCUCGCCCUCCACCGUGGCCUCUCACUCUUGGACCUUCCUGAGUUCUUGUGCUUUUGCCUUCUUUCUCCAGAUUUGUUGUCUCUCCAUUUCUUGACUUUGCUUGAUAUUCUGCAAUUCAUGAAUGAGUUUUGCAAUCCGUGAGCUCUGAGUGUUCGAUUUUAAUGAAUUAAUUAGAUUCGAUCCUUCUAGACUGCUGGGUGAUUGGGUGUUCUGGUCUAGGGGGUGUUUGGGGGUUCAUCUUAAUGAAUUAAUUAGCAAGGCUUUAUUUAUUUUUAAAAUUUUAAAAUUUGUUCCAAUCCUGGAGGCCACAUUUUCUCCAAGGCUCUGAUUCCCUUCUCGUCCUUCAUCUUCGUGCUCCACGGCUCCGAUCAGCCCGGCGCCUCCUAAAGCUGAGACAUUUUCUUCAAUUUUGUGCAAUAGGAUAGGUUCGUUCUGAGAAAUUGAGAUGGUUCAAAGACUUGGGACUCGACUCUUCGUGAGCAGAUUAUCAUUCUUCACAACAGAUAGCCAACUCAGAAAGCUGUUUUCUCAAUUUGGAAUAAUCACUGAAGCUAGGCUAGUGAAGGACCCAAAAACUCAAAGGCCUAAAGGAUUUGGCUUUGUUUCCUAUGAGUCAGAAAUUGAAGCAGAGAAGGCUAUGAACGCCAUGAAUGGCAGGAUAAUGGAUGGAAGGCUUAUUUUUGUGGAACCUGCAAAAGCUACUAGACCUAAAGAUGGUGCUUUUUGAUGUGGCAAACACGAGAGAACAGAGAACAUCUUGAGAAAAGAGGGACAAUAGAAGAACAAGAGGGAAACACGAGAGGAGACAGAAAGCAUAUCUUUAUUUUUUGUUUUUUUUUAAUACCUGGAUACUGCGCUUCAUUAAUUUGAACAGUCAAUCAUACGUUUGGAUAUGCUUUGCUGUCUAUUUAUAAUAUCAUAGCCGUAUCUACGGUACUCCUUAACAAACUCAACAAACUAACGGAAAUACAAUCAUAAACCCAUCUAGAUGUCUAACGGCUAGUAACCGUUA